UAUGCAUAAAUUUAAUUGGAAUGCCACCCAAAAUCUUGAAAAAGAAAUGGAGAAAACUUCAACUUCAACCUCUGCUAAUUAUCUCAAUGCCCUCACUCUCGAAAUCCACAAAAAACUCCAACGAGCACAGGCUUCUGCAUCACAGAGACGCAAUUUGUUGCAGGAGCUGUUCGCGGAUAUAGCUUUGGAAGUUGAUGACCGAGCUAGAGAUAUAAUUGUCAAUAGGGAAGAAGAUACAAUUUCUCCUGUAGAGGAAAGCGGUGAUGCUCAUUUAUGUUUUUACAAUGUUCUUGCCGAUUAUUAUGUUGAAGUGCCUGAAAGUUGUAAAAGAAUCCUUGAUUUAAUUGUCCAACUUUGGAGCCAGUCAUUUGCAUCACAUAUUUUCGCUCUUCUUUUCCACAAAUGGCUAUUUGAGGCUCAACUGGAUAAUACUGAAGUGCUUGUACGCUAUUCAUCUGCUCUUGUUCAAGGUGCCACAAAUGUGUUCUGGAUUGACAUCCAUGCAAACAGUAGGCGGUUCCAAAUCCUUUUUCUGUAUCUGCUGGAGGAAGUGGCUAUGAAGCCUAUGCGCUUGCAUAAAAUUCCUGCUCAGGCCCAGAGAGAUCUGCUUCUGCUACUUUCAAGAUUCAUACUAUUUUACAACUCAGAUGACAAGCUUGAAAUCUUCUUGAAGCAAUUUCCUGUUUUUCAAAAUGCUUUCUUAGUUGGUGGCGCGGCAGACUUCUUUGUUAUUGAACUUGCAGACCAGCUUCAAAAGUUGAAGGUGGAACCAGUUCUAUUACAUUAUCUUUCACGUAUUAAAGUUCUCCAAGGUAUAGAACUGAGAAUGACCACAAGUACAAGAUUAAAGGCAUGCUUGUAUAGCUUUACUUCUCCCGGUGGUCCAAUGUAUCCCACUAGAGCUGUCCGUCAUGCAGCCUGGGAUGCUUUAGAUUUGCUUUUUCCUGUAGGGCGAUAUCCUCGACAUCUUAUAAGUCUGUUUUUCCGAUUGCUGUAUCCAUGGUACUGGCCAUCUUCCUGUUGGAACUUCAUAAUGUCUUGUGUAGAGGCAAUUUUCUAUUCUAUCGUCCGAGUUCUGCUUUCUAGUUGGGACAAGCUAUGGCCAAAGAGGGAUUAAGUUUGAUGAGAAAUUUAUCUGCUGUAAAAGAGGCAUAAGUGGAUGAAUAUAAGAGGAAUCUGAACAAGAAAUAUUUUGAGAUGACGAAAGCUUUAUUUGAACAAGUGCUGAAGGAUGACCGAGCCAUAAUCUUCCUGAACAGAGUGAUUCUCAACUCAAUCAAAGAUUAUCGGUCUAUUGUAUUUUAUGUAUAUUCUCUUUUUUUAUUAUUGAUUUUGUACUGAUUGUGUUUUGAUGUGUUGGAAGGAAGUAGACAUGAGUUAUAGAGGUCUUUGAUAGUAUGAACUAUUGUUGAAAAGGAGAGAAGGCUUUUUGUUUUAUUUUUCAUCAA